GUUGACGAGAACGCGCUCUCGCUCCCGGAGAAGAUCUUCUUCGUCCGGAUUUGAAUCGCGAUACGAGUACCCGCUGCUUCGAUUCGGGUUCACGCGCGUGAACGUACGGAACGGUUUCCCUUCCCGGAUCGAUUUCUCUCGACAAAUGACAAGCGGGUGUGUCUCCGUCCGCGCUACCAUCUCCGCCGCUCUUACUCGCCGUGCCGAGGACGUCGUGCUGCGCAAAACGAACCGACAUGAUGUACCGCUCGAGGAUCGCGAACCACCUGUGAACCUGACACGGUAAACGCGAGCCAAAAUUGCGGAGUGACACUUGUGGAUGUACAUCUUCGUUGUGCGCGACGUCGCUUCGAUUGUGCAUUGCACUUUGUGUCUUAUUUUGAGAAACUGUGCAACAGUUAAAAGAAAAUGUCUAACAGGAUACUGGGCGCGAGUGACGGAUGUCGUAAGAUUGAUGACUAAGUGGAAAAAUCAAGAACACCAUAACCGAUCACGGAGAAUAAGGAUAUAAAUAAACAUACACAUAUUCCAGACAUGAAAUAUUUGAAAGCUGCGUUAAUCACAUGCAAUGUAUUAAUAUGGUUGUCCGGCAGCACGAUGCUCGUAAUGGGCAUGCAGCUGUUUCUCCACGGCCAGGGGCACAUCCUCAAUCUGUUCGUGUCUGAUCCCAGACCGUACGAGACCAUUAAUAUAGUAGCUUACUGCCUGUUCGGGCUCGGCUGCGUCGUGCUCCUGGUCGGCUCCUUCGGCUGUCACGCCGCGCUACGCGGCUAUCGAUGGAUCAUCAUCAGCUACAUAGUCAUGCUGACUCUUCUUGUUGCCGCGGAACUGGUGGUGGCGGCCAUCGCCGGGUUGAAGACACGUCAGAUCCUGUUGGAUCUCGAGGACCGACUCACCAAAAAACUGGCGGUGGACUACGGCCACUACCCGGACGCCGACAGCGACGUUUUCUUCAGCGAGAGCAUGGACUUCAUGCAGUACAAGUUCAAGUGCUGCGGAGUGCACAGCGACGGCGAUUACAACGGCACGACCUGGUGGAGAGACAGUUAUAUCUCGGGCAACAGGAAACAGGUUCCGCUCACGUGUUGUGUUCUCAAAAAUACCGAGAAACAAAAUACAGGUAGUCCGAUGAGCGUUGUCUCGAGGGUGUUUCACAAGAAUAAUGAGAAACCGUGGCAGUUUCCACAGCCGAAGGAUGAGGCCGCGUGUCAAGUACAAAUCGAGGAAGGUCACAAGGACUACAGAUACAAGGAGGGGUGCCUCGACAAAGUUUCAGACUGGCUGCAGUGGCAAAGUUGCCUGCUGAUAUUCUCAUGCUUUCUGAUGAUAGUGUUACAGGCGUGCGGCAUAGUGGCGUCCGCUUUCUUCUGCCGAUCGAUAAGAAACACGGAGGAGGAAUGAUCCAUGGUUCGUAGUCUGGACGAGGUGAAAAGAAUGUCGUGGCGCGAUCAUUCUCAGCACUAACAACAACUCUCCGGCGGAGGAUACACACAAGUUUUUUGAGUUUUUGUCAUCAUCUUGCGCGCGCGCCAUAUCACGCGUGGGAGAAAAUUUUUUUAUUGAAGUUGGUUUUGUCGAUCUCACGCGAAAACAAAAAGGCACGGGCAAUAUCCGGUUUCUAUUCCGAGAAUUGCGGCGUCCGCGAGCGGCGAUUAAGUACUUUACAGGAUGAGAUAAGUGCUAACGAUUGAUGCUAGAUCAAUCUCUCUGCUGUUCGUUUUUUGCUGCCAGUCAGCAAUACUGCGACCAAUGCUCUUCUACAUACACACGUAGAUAUUGCAAUACAUACAUACACACACACACACACACACACACACACGUGUACUUUCGUAUUCAAUUCGAUUAUCGACGGAACAACACGACAACACUGUUCUCUCACGCAUCGAAACGCGUUUCACGAUUCCAGCGAAGCAAAAAUUGACGAGCGACACACAAAUUGUUGUCAUUGACAUUUUGUGUUGUCUUGUAUGAGAUGUACGUACUUGCGUUACGUUAAACAUGUUAAGCGAUUGAACGUGCGAACAUUUUUUCCGGGUUUGAUUCUCUUUCUGCGAAAUUACACAAAAGCCCGAUUCGAGAUUGUAAAACCAAUCUUAUUUUGUCGUCUUUUUGUGAAAACUCAUCGUCGAACAAAUUGUUGCGAUAGAUUUUUGACGAACGAGAUUUGGGUGCGAGUGCGAUAAUAACAACGGAGAAGUAACUGGGGCUGACUGGCACAUUACAACUGUGAAUAUCGUUACUAUUUUCAGAGUUUCUACGACACAUUGUUUAACUUGUAAAUAUAAAUCGUAUAAGAAGUGACACGAAGUGUUUUCUCACUUACGAUAUAUUCCCGCUUUAAGAUUUUUAUUUACAAUAUAUAUAUAUAUAAUAAUUUAUAUAUAUAAUAUAUAUA